AUGCGUUGCUCAUUGGUCUUAUCUUUGGCUUUGAGCCUACUAGCAAUCCAUGGGCCAGACUCAACCACUGGAUCCUGCUUGAAAGUCGGCAAAAAUAAGCUCAGCAUGAAACAGUCGAGGUCAACUCAUCACAAUCGCCGAAACCUUUGCGAGUGGUUACAUAAGGGCGAUAAGAAGGAGAUCGAUAUUAAGGCAAAGGACCCUAAGGAGUCCUACCAGAAGAAAGACGACCCGUCGUACGGCAAGGGUAAAAAAGACGACGCCCAAAGUGACCCUUCGUACGGCAAGGAGGGCGGUCACGAGGACCCUUCAAAGCAGGAAAACGGAGGGGGCUCUGGAAAAUGGAAUGGCGACGCAGACCCUGGAAAGGAAGCGAAGGCCGGCGAUUCCAAAGGUGACCCUUCUUACGGUAAGACUGGCGAUCAGGAGGACCCUGGGAAGGACGAGGACGAGGGGGACUCGGAAAGUGGCAAUGGCGACGAAGACCCUGCGAAGGGGGAGGAGGAGGACGAUCCUUGGGGACAAGGCGAAAGCGAUCCUGACGGAAAAGCUGGCAAAGGCAGCGGUGUCGGAGCUAGCGACCCGGGUUCCUCUGGCUCCUCCGGCAGCGAUGGAUACACUAAGUAG